AUGAAUAUUCAUACUAGCAAAAAAUCUUAUUCAUGUGAACGUUGUUCAAAGACUUUUUUCAAAUUUUAUGACCUGAAAACCCAUGUAAGAGUUCACACAGGUGAAAAAUCAUAUUCUUGUGUCACUUGUUCCAAGACAUUUUCUACACUUUCAAACCUGAAACUCCAUGCAACAGUUCACACUGGUGAAAAACCGUUUUCAUGUGACAUUUGUUCAAAGGUAUUUACCCGUUCUUCAAACUUAAAAAUACACAAAAGAGUCCACACCGGCGAAAAACCUUAUUCAUGUGAAUAUUGCUCGAAAGCAUUUUCUCAAAUUUCAAGCUUAGACCAACACAAGAGACUCCACACCGGCGAAAAACCUUAUUCGUGUGAAUAUUGCUUCAAGGUAUUUCUUGGAGCUUCAUCCUUAAAGUUACACCAGAGGCUGCACACCGGCGAAAAACCCUAUUCAUGUGAAUGCUGCUCAAAGACAUUUUCUCAAUCUUCAAACUUAAAAAUACACAAAAGAGUCCACACCGGCGAAAAACCUUAUUCGUGUGAAUAUUGCUCGAAGGCAUUUUCUCAAACUUCAAUCUUAAAGCGACACAAGAGACUCCACACCGGCGGAAAACCUUAA